CCCUGGCUGGUGCUGAGGCUGCGGCUGGGCGUCCUCAUGAUCGCCUUGACUAGCGCGGUCAGGGUCGUGUCCCUCAUUUCCUUGGAGAGGUUCAAGGUCGCCUGGAGACCUUACCUGGCGUACUUGGCCGGCGUGCUGGGGCUACUCCUGGCCAGGUACGUGGAGCAAAUCUUGCCGCCGUCCGCGGGAGCGGCCACGAGGGAGCAGCUUGCGCCCCAGCUGAUCGCUGGGACCAAAGAAGAGAUCCCGGUGUUCAAGAGGAGGAGGCGAUCCAGCUCCGUGGUGUCCGCCGAGAUGUCGGGCUGCGGCAGCAAGUCCCAUCGGAGGACGUCCCUGCCGUGCAUACCGAGGGAACAGCUCAUGGGGCAUUCAGAAUGGGACCACAGACGGGGGCCAAGAGGAUCACAGUCUUCAGGAACCAGCAUCACUGUGGACAUUGCCGUGAUGGGCGAGGCUCACGGCCUCAUUACCGACCUCCUGGCAGACCCUUCUCUGCCCCCCAAUGUGUGCACAUCCUUGAGGGCCGUGAGCAACCUGCUCAGCACCCAGCUCACCUUCCAGGCCAUUCACAAGCCCCGAGUGAAUCCCGCCGUUUCCUUCAGUGAAAACUAUACCUGUUCUGAUUCUGAAGAAAGCUCCGAAAAAGACAAGCUGGCCAUUCCCAAGCGCCUGAGAAAGAGCUUGCCCCCCGGUUUGUUGAGACGAGUUUCGUCGACUUGGACAACCACCACCUCAGCCACAGGUCUCCCCACUUUGGAGCCGGCCCCAGUACGGCGGGAUCGCAGCGCCAGCGUCAAACUGCAUGAAGCACCUUUACCAAGUGCUGGUAGUUCUGACUCUUGGAAUAACCCUGCGAUGAUGACCCUCACCAAAAGCAGAUCCUUCAGUUCGUCCUAUGCCGUUUCUGCAGCUAACUAUGUAAAGGCUAAAAAGCCAAGUCGCCCAGGUGCCCUCGCUAAAAUUUCACCUCUUUCAUCGCCCUGUUCCUCACCUCUCCAAGGGACUCCAGCCAGCAGUCCUGUCAGCAAAAUUCCUACAGUUCAGUUUCUAGAAUCUGCCGACACAACUGCCAAACCGGGCCUAGGUUCGCACAGGGCCUUAACUUACACGCAGAGUGCCCCUGACCUGUCUCCUCAGAUACUGACGCCACCUGUCAUAUGUAGCGGCUGUGGCAGGCCAUAUUCCCAAGGCAAUCCUGCUGACGGGCCCCUGGAGAGCAGUGGUACAGCCAUUCGGACACCAAGCAGAACGGAUGAAACUGCUCAAGUUACCUCUGAUUAUGAAACGAAUAACAACAGUGAUAGCAGUGAUAUUGUACAGAAUGAAGAUGAAACCGAGUGCCCAGCAGAGCCACUGAGGAAAGCUUCAGCUUGUAGCACCUAUGCGCCUGAGACCAUGAUGUUCCUGGACAAACCAAUUCUUGCUCCUGAACCUCUUGUCAUGGAUAACUUGGACUCAAUUAUGGAGCAGCUAAAUACUUGGAAUUUUCCAAUUUUUGAUUUGGUGGAAAAAAUAGGAAGAAAAUGUGGCCGUAUUCUUAGUCAAGUAUCAUACAGACUUUUUGAAGACAUGGGCCUCUUUGAAGCUUUCAAAAUUCCAGUUAGGGAAUUUAUGAAUUACUUUCAUGCUUUGGAGAUUGGAUACAGGGAAAUUCCUUAUCAUAACAGAAUCCAUGCUACUGACGUCUUACAUGCUGUUUGGUAUCUUACUACACAACCUAUUCCUGGCCUCUCAACUGUGAUUAAUGAUCAUGGAUCAGCAAGUGAUUCAGAUUCUGACAGUGGAUUUACACAUGGACACAUGGGAUAUGUAUUCUCAAAAAUGUACAAUGUGCCAGACGAUAAAUAUGGAUGUCUGUCUGGAAAUAUUCCUGCCUUAGAGUUGAUGGCACUGUAUGUGGCUGCAGCCAUGCAUGACUAUGACCACCCAGGAAGGACUAACGCAUUCCUGGUUGCAACUAGUGCUCCUCAGGCGGUGCUCUACAAUGAUCGCUCAGUUCUGGAGAAUCACCACGCAGCUGCUGCAUGGAACCUUUUCAUGUCCCGGCCAGAGUACAACUUCUUAGUUAACCUUGACCACGUGGAAUUUAAGCAUUUCCGUUUCCUUGUCAUUGAAGCAAUUUUGGCCACUGACUUGAAGAAACACUUUGACUUUGUAGCCAAAUUUAAUGCCAAGGUAAACGAUGAGGUUGGAAUAGAUUGGACCAAUGAAAAUGAUCGUCUACUAGUUUGUCAAAUGUGUAUAAAGCUGGCUGAUAUCAAUGGGCCAGCUAAAUGUAAAGAGCUCCAUCUUCAGUGGACAGAGGGUAUUGUCAGUGAAUUUUAUGAACAGGGUGACGAAGAGGCCAGCCUUGGGUUACCAAUAAGCCCCUUCAUGGACCGUUCUGCUCCCCAGCUGGCCAACCUUCAGGAAUCCUUCAUCUCUCACAUUGUGGGUCCUCUGUGCAACUCCUAUGACUCAGCCGGACUGAUGCCGGGGAAAUGGGUGGAAGGCAGUGAUGAGUCAGGAGAUACCGAUGACCCAGAAGAAGAGGAGGAGGAAGAAGAGGCACCAAAUGAAGAGGAAACCUAUGAAAAUAAUGAAUCUCCAAGAAAGAAAACUUUCAAAAGGAGGAAAAUCUGCUGCCAAAUCACUCAGCACCUCGUGCAGAACCACACGAUGUGGAAGAAAGUCAUUGAAGAGGAGCAGCGGUUGGCGGGAAGUGAAAGCCAGUCCCCAGACCCGUCUCCCCAACAGCAUUCCUCAGAACACAUCCAGGCCAUCAGGGAAGAAGAAGAAGAAAAGGGGAAGCCGAGAGAAGAGGAGACCCUGACCCCACAGCCAAACCAGUGACAGUGGAUUAUAUGAGCGCUGCCUCGAAACCCAGUGACUCGUCACAGACUCUUUCCAAGCCAGCACAACACUUAGACACAACACUGUAGAAAUACGAGAAGAUGAGCAAAUGGCCAUUGCAUUUGGGGAGUCUUCGCAUUUUAUGUGUUUAUUUUUACAGUGAGGUACAUGGUUAAAAACUCUUGCUCAGAGAAGCUUUCACGUUGCAACACCAGCUUCUAAAGAUUUUUUUUUUUUAAAGGAAGAAAUAUAUAUGUGUGUGUGUAUAUAAGCUCUCACAUAGAUACAUGUAAAAUAUAUUCACACACACACAACACACAUACACACUGAAAGCCAGAAGUACUGGCUCCACAUUUUAGUAACAUUCAUAUUAAGAUAUAUAGUGGUCACUGUGAUAUAAUAAAUCGUAAAAAGAAAAAAUGAAGGAAAACGAAGGAAAUGGUGAGGCUUAGCAGGGAACAAGGCAGCCAAUGUAGGUUACAAUUAAGAAGCUUUUGCUCUUAGGACUGAGGGAUGAAUGUUCCAGAGAAUUAUUUGAAUUCUUGUACACCCUACCAACAUCGUGUGUGUGUGUGUGUGUGUGUGUGUGUGUGUGUGUGUGUGUGUGUGAGAGAGAGAGAGAGAGAACUGAUGGGGUGUUUGUGGGUAUGGAUGUUAAUGUGUAUGUAGAGAGAGAUUUUUGUGGUUAGUAAUUUAUAGAAUUCCACCAGCAGAUGACUCAACACAUGUGAACAAAUGGAGGGAAGUUUGCUCUGGAGUGUCUUUGAGAGGCAGCCAUUCCCAAUGCCUUCCUCCAUUUAGCUUCAAUAAAGGUCCCUCUGAGGAGGGAGUGGGUGUUCACGGGCUAGGUGAGAGGGCCACGUGAUGGGUACUGCUGCUAAACACCGCUUGGAGGCUCUCCAUCACCAGCCUUAAAUGUGGAAGACUGAGGCCUUUUCCAAUCUCCUGGCCUAAUGCAUGUGUAGGGGCUGUUUGCGAGUAUGCCUGUCACUCACCUAAGAUCAAAUCACUACUAAGGGGAUGGCAUUCUUUAUGCAUAAACACCUAGGAAUAAGCUAGUGUCCAGUCUUUUCAUCAGGUGAGAAUUCUAAAAGGUUUUCCAGAGAAGACCUGGGAAUUGCUCUUCGCGGUGAUCCCCAUGUCUUAAUCUGCUACAAACUGUGCCUGGUAGAAAACAGAAAAAGAAAGGAAGGCAAACAGAAACCAUGUGAGAGAUGAAUGGGGAGACUUUCAAACUAGAGUUUGGUAUUGGCUGACACGGGGAAAGCCCGAUUCCCGGCAGCUGUUGAAGAUUGGCUUUUGGGUGGCAAAGGGCCCCCUGACCCACCCUGUGGUGGUAUUUCACACGCUGUGUGAUGGGGUAGCUUCUACCUGCAAUCUGGCCCAUUGUCACGCUCCUUUUGGCAGGGAAGAAUAUGGAAAGGUUUGGGGGGACUGGGCCUGCCUAUUAUUGAAAGUCUUUUUUUUUUUUUGGUUUGUUUGUUUAUCUACACUUGUUUAUGCUGUGAGCCAAACCUCUAUUUAAAAAGUUGAUACUCACUUUCAAUAUUUUAUUUCAUAUUAUUAUAUUUGUCAUGAAUAGUUAUCUUGAUGUAAAUAUAAAGAUUUUUUUUGUUUCUGUAGAUAGUAAACUUUUUUUAAGAAACAAAAGGGAAAAUGAAACAUUUUUAUAAAGUUACAUUUUAAUCACCAUUUUUAUACAUUGAAGCUAUCUCCACGCCCAGUAAGAGAGUGAUGAUUCAUUUGCAUGGAGGUCUUUGGACAGCCGCUCUCCUACCUACUCUAAUAUAAAUGAUCAUCUGAUACAGUUAUUUUGUGCCAAUUAAAUGAGGAUGCUGCAAGAAUGUUUUUUCACCGGCAACUUUUGCUAACUUUUGGGUAGCGUUUGGGUCCAUGGCUCCCAAGGGAAAGACUUUUUAAACAACCCCGAAUGCUUAUCAUUGGUGUCCAUUUCUUCCCAACACCUUUUGGGUAAAACUCUUCCUUCAGUACGAUAGACAGACCAGCUCGUCAUCUAAGCAAGCUCCUAAGUAGGUCUUGAUUGUGAUUUUUACUUUUUAUUUCCUCUGAAGUCAUAGAAAAGAGCGUUUACAUUAAACAUGCCUUUGUUUCUCAUAAAUGAUUAUCUUUCCCUUCCAAAGCAAUGAUUUUACAGUAAUUCACGACAUUUGCCAAACAAGGCAAAGAUAAUACAAUAAAAAAUAACAUGGUUUCAAGGCAGAUUUCCCAAUAAGUAUGAAAAUAUUGAAAGGAUGAAAAUAUUGAAAGGAUGAAAUUGUUGCCGACUCUAAAUAAUGAGGAUAUUUGCUCUUUUUUUUUGUCUUCACUAUUUAGGACUUACUGAGUUUUCCAUUUUCUUAGUAUUGCCUAUGUGCCUUUAUGUUUGCAAAAGUUAUUUUUGAGUCAGUACAUUUCCCCAAUGAACUUAACUAUUCUCCUUCCCUUGCGAAUAAGAGAAAAGAAAAAAAAGGAUUUAGACUCAUAUACCGCUUAAGUCUAGUUCCUUCACCAAACUGAUCUUUUUCCCCUUCUCCAAAUGCCAUACUUUCUAAAAUAAAUAUAAGUCCAGGAAAGAUCUAGGUGUGGUGCAAGUAGAAUGGCAGGAGAACAGACGUGAGUCUGUAACCUUAUAUGAGCAGCUUCGUCCAAGCGGCUUGACCCCAAGCAAAGGCCAGAGUACAGGCCUCAGUGAACGGCCUGUUUUGUUUGUUUUGUUUUAAAGCACAUGAAGGAAUGAUGGCCAAAGCAGUUGGAACCUCUUCAUUCCAGAGUUGUGUUUAUCAGUCUAGGCAGACUGAUCAUUUUCCUUCAAAAAUAAAUUAUCCGGAUAUGAAAGCAGGAAGUCAAUUGAAAUGAAGGAACAGAGAUUCAUCAAGUAUGUGGCUUUCAUACACACCCAGUGCAUCCCCACGGAUGCCUAGGGACAUAGAAAGUCAUUUCUGCUCGUGAAGUUCUCCCCCCUCCUCGAUGACAGCAAUAGUAUUGUGUUCACUUCCAACUCCAGAGCUUCACUCCUUGAAGUGUAUUUGUUGCAAUUUGUUACAUUUUUAUAGGAGUCUACUUAUAGGUGCCAUUAGAUAAACUCAGGUCUUUCAAAUGAAGGAAUUUCUGGCCCAUUUAGGGGGAAAAAGAAUUGUAUAGGCAGCCACGAAACCAAUGGUAGAAAAGGUUGGAACGAACGACCUUGAUGCUAGUGGUGGUUCUCCAUGGAGGAAAAGACCAGGUGUAAUACGAGUGAUAUCCAUGUCUUUCCAGCCAUCUAAGCCAACUUUUAAAAUAGUUUCUUUGGUGAAAACACCACUGUAAGGUGUUUUUUCAAGUGUAAUUUUUUUCUCAUUUAUAUCACACCUGGUUUUGUUCUCAGCAGAAGAUGAAGACAUUAGCUCUGUACAGGAAUAUAUCUAUUGGUCUUCAUCUGACAAGGAAUUUCUUCAUACUAUGUUUAAGAAAAUAUCCACUUUAUAAAAACAGAAUAUCCAAUUUUGUCCAGUCCAUUUUGAUGGAAUUCAAACAAGUUCCAAUCAUUGCAAUCCCAGUAAAACUGAAGAAAAGGGGUUGCAUGUCGUGUAGACUGUUCAUAUUACAUGUAUGUAUUGCGAUUUCCUCGUGUCCCCUGCCUCUCUUGGUUCACGAUUUCCUGAUGUCCCUGUCACUUUCCAGAGAACUUUCCUUGAAGGUAAAAGCUGUGCAAAAGGCAUGAGUCUCAGGCCUAUACUUUGUUUAAAUGAUGGAAAAACAUAAAUUAUUUUCUAAGUAAUAAAGAUAUGAAAAUUAACCUUGUAAAUAAAGUUUAAAGUUUGAAAUAACUGCUCUACAAAUGUGAACUAUUUGUGUGAUGAACAAUUUUUGCCUAAUGAGAAGCGAAAAAUCAAAAAAUUUUUAUCCUACGUUGGAAGGUCUUUUUGGUGCUUCUGUGUCAGUAUGGGGAUCUCUACUAUCCUCAUUUUAAUAUUUCUAAAAUAAUAAUGAAAACCACAAUAAGAGUCUUAUCAUCCUUUUCUUCUAACCUAGCCCUGAUUUCUACUUAAUGCCUUAUCUAGUUUAUAUGCCAUUUUAGAAAUAAACUGCCUUUUAAACUCUCAGAAGACUCAAGUACAACAGAGUUCUGCAAACUUUCAUAGCCUUCUAGAGUAAAUCAAGAUAUUCCUUAUUCUAGAGAUUACCAGUAAUGCUUAAGGAGGGAAAUCAAUCAAAUUUUAAGUGCUAGUAGCUGAACUCUAUAUAAUUGAUAGCUAAAGUAUCGACAUACUUUGAACCAAAUUGGGUUUCUUUCAUUCACCUUCUCUCCUAACAAGCAGCAAAAUAGUUUAUGCCCAUUGUUCUAGUUCAUUCAUUUCUCUCGUGAUUUUGUUCAUGAGGUAAAACUGUGAACUUGCUGAUAUUGUCCGUUCACUUUUCUUAGUUGUUCAACAAAAUGAAAACCUUAAAGUAGGAGACAGAUUAGCCAUGUUAUGUAAAAGGUAUUCCAAAACUAAAUUACUCUUAGAAUUUCUAAUCAAAGGAAAAUAAUACCAGUCCUAUAUUCAUACCAGUUUGUUCCUCUAGAAAACAUUCAAAUUCCUAUUGAAAAUUUGGGGGUGAAUUACUUAAAGUUGAAGCUACAAACCAUGCAUUAGCUAAAGAACUUAAAUUGAGUUUCCAUAAGCAUGUGCAUCAUACUAGAGAACCAUAGAGAAGAACACAAACAUGUUUUUCAGUCUGUGUGAUGCACCAUGGAUUUUAGGUAAUUUCAUUUGCUAAUAUGAUGCUGCUUUUUUCUAACUUAAGGGUUCUUUCACCUUACCUAAACUUAUCUUCAUGUUCAGACUAUCAAGUCAUUUGAACAGCAGGUUAACAAUGGUGACAAAAAUAAUAACUGGGCAUUUUGUUGCUAAAUAUGUUUUAAGAUACAAACUGAAGAUUAAGGAUGUGUUUUAUUGUUGGAACUCAGUGUUAAUUUGCUUUAAAAAUACUGAUCCAAUAUAAAUUACUUGAAUGCAGGGAAGACUAUAAACUAUAUAAAAUGAUAUACAGAUGGAAAGCAAAAUUAGUUUUUGACAUAUGCCUAAUGUUCUAAAAAGAUUCCAAAUUCUCCAUAUUAUACUUUUAAGGCAAAGUACCUUGACAGGUGUGGGUAUCUGUGGAUUUCUGCUUCACUGAGGAGCUGUGGAACACAGAAGAAAAGUCGAGCCUUCUUAUUGAUAAGAAAUACUGAAUGUGUCCAUGUUCAGAUAGAUUUCCUCAUGGCUUCAUAUCAAGAAAUCAUUUUUUAAUCAUGCAAAUAAUGCAAUAAAAAAUGCUUCACAAAUAGUAAUAUUUAAUCACCAAAUGUACUUUCAAGAAUAUUAACAUUUGAUUUAUUUUUGACCAAAGCUGUUCAUUUAUUAUUCAACUUAAAUGAAACCCACAAAAUGACAUUCCAUGAUAUAGAGAUGCUAAAUAUAUUGAAGUAAUCAGAACUAGUAUUAUGUAACAGGAAGCUGUAAAGAUGAAUAUUUAUUUUUUUCUAAUGUCCUUUAACUCAGGGAGAAAAAUGUUUUACGAAGAGUCUAAUAAAUACAUGUGAUGGAGAAAUUUACUCCCAAUGAUUUAAUUAGAUUAAAUGUACAAAUUAUACUCAGAGUUCUGAGUUACCUUCAGAAAAAAGGAUGUAUUAUCCAGCUACUUAAUCAUGUUCUAGAUUAUUUUAAGAUAAAUGGUAUAUUGCUAGAGCUUAUAUUUUACUAAAUUAUAAUGCAAUUUAAAACCUAAAUACUUAUCUUCAUUACCAAGAGAAGUUAAAUCUUAUUAAUCUUGACUUCCACAGAUGAAACACUGACCAGUCAAUAAACCACACUCACUGCAUUCAUCUGCCAAGAGUGAUCAAAUGGUCGGUUGGAAUUUGAAAUUUAUAAAUAGAAAAGAACUUAAAAAUAUUUGUAAAGCUUUAAUGCUUUAACUAAAUUUUUGGUGUCAGUCGAAAUACCUAUUUCCAAUGAAACAGAAACUACAGCAGGGAAUCAUCAGGGAAUUCUUGUCGUCUAAAAAAAAAUAAAGUCAAAGUCAUAGGGGGAAAAUAAGGGCAUCUCCUCAAUUUUGCUAUUCUAACUCAAAAUUAGUAAAGAAAAAAAUAAUUAGAAAUUCUCCUCUGAUGUAAUAAGGAGAUUGCCUUUUACCUUAAGUUCCAACUCGGCACACCUAGUUUAUUGUACAGCCCAUCUUACUAAAAAGUGAAAAAAUAAAAAGGCAGAACUGUGGAUUGGGAGUGAACACUACAUAAAACUUCAAGGAUCAUCCCAGUACACCUCUCAAUUUUAUGACAACCAAUUUAGUUAGUUAUCAGUUACUCUGGAGUAAAGGGACUUAUUUGCUUAAUGGAUCCAUAUUUCCACCCUGACUUCAUUUACUACAAUCAGCACUUACACAUGUUUCAGAAUGUGAAUUAGCCCUUGGAGCUUUGAAACUGCUGCUUGAAUACUUUUGAAAAGAAGGGUUUUUUAAAAUAUUAGUAAUUUUACUCCUUUAGAAUAACAAACUAUCCAGAUGGUUCAAUGUGAAAUUAAAAGUAAUUGCUUAAAGAUCUUUUCCUCGUGUAUGUAACUUAUUGCUGAUAUAAUUGCCAUCACCUUUCUUUUAAAAUUUCACUGAUUAUGAUUUUAAACCCAUAUUGUUAGAUACUUUGCUUUAGCUAUUAUAAGCAUAAUCCAGUACUGUAGUCUUACUGUCUUUAAAUAAUAGCCCUAACAUAUCUAUAUGUUACCUGUUAGUGGAAUUGAAGUGGCUUAAACUUUAGUACAUAUUUGUUCAUUAGUUUAAAGGUCACUAUUUUUAAUACUCUGUAAAAUAUUUGCAUGGGAUUAUUACCAUGUUAUGUAUGCUUAACUGGUGUGUGUUUGUUUGUUUUCAUUUUUAGUGUGGUUCAUUUCUUGGUAUAUUCCCACAGAACUCAUAGCAUUUUUGUUCCAACAGGACAAUUUAUUAGUUGACAAGCACUGCAGAUGAUUAUCACUGAACCCAUCAUCCCCUGCUAUUUCUUCCUAGAGAUUUUUAUCAUGCAAAUUACAAAAUGAAAAUUGGUGCUUUUAUAAAUAUUCUGAAAGUGUCAAUGCAAAAUGAUGAAAAUUAGAUUCCUCAUGGCUUUCUGUAAUGACAUUAGGAUAUGCAACUGAAAGAAUUUCCAUUUCAAUCCAGAGUUGUUUUUGUUUGGAUUGAUUUGCUUACUUUGACUCAAUUUUUGGUGUUAAAAUAUGUUGAUUCCUGAGGAGGCAUAUUGUUCUGACCAGGGGUUACCUCUUCCAGGCAUAAAACUGUCAUUGGAAAGUUGAAAUUAGCAUGUCUCAAAUAUUUGAAUUUGUAGGAUAUUUACAAACCAGAGAGUAUUAACUUAAUUUAGUAUUCCUAAAAAGCAAUAUUUUCAAAUAACUACCAACCAAAGUAAGAGUGUAAGGGAUGUCAUUUGUACAUCAAAUGUAAUUCUCAUGACUUUUAACAACUGAAUAUGUUUAUUAAUACCUUUCCAAAUUUAUCAACGUUUAAAAACCUAAGAGUGAGGCAUUGAACUUAAUCAUUUUGCAAUUAAAAAAUAAAUCUGCCUUCUCAACUGUCUCUUGCACUUAAUAUAUGUAGCAAUAGUUUGUAUCACCCUAUUAUAAAUACUGUUGGUUAAGUGACAUAGUUAAUGGCUGAUACAUGUUUUGUAAAAAGUAGAAUCUGUACAGAAAAAUUAUUAGGUAAAUUGUAUUUAUUUUUAUUAAUUUUUAGCUUAGAAACUAUAAUGAUGCUCCUUUUUUGCCAGAUUUACUGGAAGUGCCUCCUGGUUUUCUCUCUAUAUUAAUAUUACAGUAAAAAUAUACUCAAGAUUAUUAGACUUGUGACACAAAUGAUGGAUGUGGAUUUAUGAUGUGAAUAUAUGUGUAAUAUAAAUACAAUUCUGUGGUAUCAUGUUUGAUAUAGCUCUUUGUACAACCCAAGUCAUCCAUCCAGCCUUUUGAAGGCAUGCUUUCCUCUCAUAUCCAAAUACAGUGGUUGU